CCACGAUCGCAAACGCAGGCAUGGGCAAGGACUACUACGCCAUACUCGGUGUAGGUCGUGACGCAGACGACGAGCAGAUCAAGCGCGGAUACCGCAAGCAAGCGGUAAAGUGGCAUCCAGACAAGUGGACUUCCAAGUCAGAGUCGGAACGUGCAGCCGCCGAGGAGCGGUUCAAAGACGCGGCUGCAGCUUACGAGGUGCUGUCCGACAAGCAAAAGCGCACCAUUUACGACCAGUAUGGAGAGGAGGGGCUCAAGGCCGGUGGCGGCGGCGGCGGCUGUGGCGGCGGCGGCAUGCCAGGUGGGUUUGGCGGGAUGGGCGGGAGGCCAAUGGACGGUGGAGUGAAGUUCACCUUCUCGUCGGGCGGAGGUGGACGCAGCAUGGACAACGCGCGAGCCGAAGAGCUCUUCCGCCAGUUCUUUUCGCAGGGCGACCCGUUUAGGUCGGCAGACGACCCGUUCGACGACAUCUUUGCCGGGCUCAGUGGCUUGCGACGCAGCACGGGCAUUGCCAGCGGUGGACGGCGUGCUCCUCGUGCCGACGUGCUGCCGCACGGCACGCCCGUUCGACUCUGCGACCUCAGCCAAGCGAACUUCAACGGCGCAUCUGGCACUAUCGACCAGUGGGACGAGGCGCGAGGCCGCUAUGUGGUGUCUCUCGGGAAGGGCGUCUCUCUCGCUGUCCGCACCCAGAACGUGAGCCAGGUGGUGGCCGAGGCGCGCGUGGUUGGAACCUCGCAGCCGCAGCUCAAUGGUAAGGUGGCGGCCGCUGCCACGUUUGAUCGCGCUACAAAGCGCUACCGGAUGGAGGGCCUCACGAGCAAGGGCGUCGUGGCGCUCAAGCCGGAGAACGUGAUAUUGCCACAGAGGACGCGUGUGACCAUCCAAGACGUCAUCUCGCGACCGCAGCUCAACGGUCGCGCCGGGUCAAUCCGAGACGUCGAGGGGGACCGAUACGUGGUUGACUUGCCGGGCGAGGCGCCACUCAAGGUCCGGUUCCACGCGGCAGUGGCUUGCUGACGGCGUCUCGCAUCUUUAGUUCCUAUCUUGCACAUAGAGAGCCGCACCUGCAGAGACACGCGUACAAUCACGUAAGAUACAGUGUCGGCUCGCGCUCGCGAGACUGUGACGGUCGACUUAUGUCAUAUGUGAGAUCUGAGAAUUGGCCAUUGCGUGUCAUAUUUUGCGUGUGACGGACAGUGUUCCGGCAUACGAUCUCCGCAUAUACGGGUGUGUGUACACGUGUGUGCUGGCUGCUGCACACAAGCCGUCAGUCGUAGCCGUGUGUAGGAUAGAGAGUAUGUAUGUAUCUGAGGAGACGAUUCAACUUACAGU